AUGGAAAAUCAAGAAUUUGAAGGAGCCAAUGACAAGAUAGGACUUAAUCAAGAUAAUGAAUCAGUUGCUGAUGAUACUAAUGUCUCAAACCAAAAGCUUACACAUGAUCAAUUAUUAAAAAAAGUGGUGUACAACGAAGAACAAGCAUAUGAGUUAUAUCGAAAUUAUGGAUUUCGUAUAGGAUUUAGUGUGAGAAAAGGUAAACAGUCAUAUUACAGUGGAACAAAAAAUAUCAAGACAAAAGAUUAUUAUUGCUCAAAGGAAGGUUUGAGACAUGAUGAUAGAAAUAGUGAAUCAAGUUUCAGUAAGUUAGAUACAAGAACUGGGUGUAAGGCUAUGAUACGCUUUGAUAUUGAUGAACAAGGUGUAUGGAGAGUGAAUCGCUUCGCAGAUGAACAUAAUCAUAUAUUAGCUUCACCAACAAAAAGACAUUUACUAAGAUCCGUACGAUCAGUUUCUCUUUCUAAAGGAGUUGUAUUGAAUUCUAUGGUUAAUGCCGGUAUCCGAACAAUCGAUGCCUAUUCAUAUAUGGCGGAAGAAGGUGGAGGCGCUGAAAAUAUUGGGUUCACAAAAAAAGAUUGUUAUAAUUAUAUUGAUGUAGAGAAGAAUAAAUUGAUCGAAGUUGGAGACUCUCAAAGUUUGGUUAAUCAUUUUAGACGAAAGGCAAAUGAAGAGGGAGAGAUGUUUUAUUGGGAUGUACAACUUGAUGAAAAAGGAAGAAUGACACAUUUUUAUUGGCGAGAUGGUAGAUCUAAAGUUGAUUAUGAUAAUUUUGGCGAUGUGGUAGUCUUUGAUACCACAUACCGGACAAAUAGAUAUGACUUAGUAUGUGCGCCAUUUGUGGGGGUUAACCAUCAUUGGAAAAACGUGAUGUUUGGGUGUGCAUUUCUCUUAGACGAGAAAACUGAAACAUUUGAGUGGUUGUUUAAUACUUUUCUGGAGUCCAUGGGUAAUCGAGCACCUGUAACUAUUUUUACAGAUCAAGACAAGGCAAUGGAGAAAGCAAUAGAAAAAGUGUUACCUACUACCCGCCAUCGUUUAUGUCUUUGGCACAUCUCUAAAAAUGCAGCUUCUCAUUUAGGUACACUGAACUCUAAUCAAAUAUUCCAUAAUCUUUUUAAUAAAUGCUUGCAAGGGUGCGAGUCCGAAACAGAGUUUGAAGAAACAUGGGCUAAGAUGAUCAUGGAAUAUACUGAUGGAAAAAAUAAGUGGCUUAAUAAGAUGUAUAAAAGAAGGUUUAAAUGGUGCACUGCUCUUAAUAAAGAUAUUUUUGACGGCGGGAUAAAAUCUUCUCAGAGAAGUGAGAGUACAAACAAUGUUUUGAAUGGCAUAGCUAAUAAAUCCACUUCUCUUACGAAGUUUGUGAUUGCAUUUGAGAAUAUGAUAAAAAAGUGGCGAAAGACGGAAGGAGAAGAUGAUUUCAAUUGUUAUCAAAAAGCUCCCACUCGUGCGAUUAAAUGCAGUAAUAUUCUAAGAGAUGCAGCUCAUAUUUAUACACACAAGUUGUAUAAAUUAUUUGAAAAGGAAUAUCUUGAUGGAUGUGGAGCUCUCAAUUUCAAAGAGGUUUUAUGCGAGGAAGGAGUUUUGAGGUACGAUUGCACGAUGCAAGGAAAAGAUUCAAGAAUAAGAGUUGUGUUUUUUAAUAUGACUUCUAUGGAACUACAUUGUUCGUGUAAAAAAUUUGAGACUCUUGGUUUAUUGUGUUCUCAUGCAUUGGCUAUUCUACAUUUCAAAAAUAUAUUUGAAAUCCCAAAGCAAUUUAUUUUGAAGAGAUGGACCAAGGAAGCAAAGACAAGAAUUCAUUCAUAUUGCAUAAAUAAAGAGUCUUUAAAUGAUGGGCGUGAAGUUGAAACUGUAUGGCGAAAUCAAGCAAUGUCGUAUGCCUAUGAUAUUGUAACAAUGGGACAAGAACAUGAAGAAACAAGACAAAUUUUAUGGCGGAUAUUUCAUGAUGGGCACAAAGAACUCAAGAACUACUUCAAGGAUUUAAGUUCAAAUAAUCAUCCUAACAAGAAGAAUUGCAAAAGUAGCAGCAUCUGUAAUGGAGAUAAUAAUGAAAAGCAUGUGUUAGAUCCUCCUAUUGCUAAAACCAAAGGAGUUUCUAAUGCAAGGUUUAAAGGUUUUUUAGAGAAAAAAAAAAGGAAAAAAUUAUCACAGAAAAAAUCCACAGAUAAAAGCAGAGUGCAAACAGCUCUUGAUUUCGAUAAAGCUGACAAUAUUAGGCAAGAAGUUUUUCCAACUAUUUCAUCAACAAUUCAGAUGGCUUCUAUUCCACCUGCCUUUCCAACUCUUUUGAAUCAAUCUGUGAACCUCAAUUUGCAUCCUGUACAAUCUUGUCAUGGUUAUGUGCCUAAUAUAUCCAAUGAAGUUACCGAUUUUACGUGGAAUAUGUCUUCACAGCAGAAUCCAUUUAUCAACUUGAAUAUGGAUGAAUCAAAUCUCCCAUUCACUUCUAAUUUGCAAGGUGUUUUUUCAAAUGAUUUAUAUGAGUUUAAACUUUCAAAGGAUAUAGAAUUCAUGGAUUGCUCACGAAGAACAUUUUUGUGCCGUUGUUGA